ACUGAAUAAUCCAGAACUAACGUAUCGAAGUAAAUAUGUUGUCUGACUUGUGCAAAUACAGGUAGAUAAUAAAAAAAAAAUAUUUAUGUAAAAUAAAACAACUAAUAAUUAGCAAACAUUUAAUUAUCUGUGUGUAAAGUGUACCUACAUACUAUAUUACGUAAUUCAUAAUGGUCCGAUUUGAUAGAACUGACUGUGGCUCUGAUAUCCACACUUGCAUCACAGAGUAGAUCAUCAAAGAUAAAAACCAAUUUCAUGUUACAAAGAGCCGAUGCAUUAUUUUUGUUUAAUAUAGGUAGGUAUUAGAAUUAAAAUAAUACAUGUACUCUUAUUACUUACUGGAAUGGAAUAAAAUUUGAUUAUAAAAAAAAUAAUGUCUAAUAAUGCAACAUUAUCUGAAAAAAUCAGUGAUAUGUAACGGAGAUAAUUUUAAUUUUAUGUUUAGUGAUACCAGUGCAGAACAAUGUCUUACACGUUACUAUCCUAAUAGUUAACAUAGUUUGUUAGUCUACAUUGUUAUCAUUAAAGAGAGAAAAAGAUCAUAAUUGUAUUUCGCAUCAAUUUUUUUUGUAUAUUAUUAUGUAGUUAUUUCGUAGGCAUUGAGUUGAGCCAAAGAAGUGAACAAAUGUUGAAGACUCUUGAUAUGAUAAAAGGAUCUACUAUAGUCCACUGUGAUAAAACCGCCUGUAAAUCUGCCAUCUCUUGUAUCGCAGAAUUUAUCAUUAGAAGUUACAAGAAUCGAGCAUCCAACUGGGGAUUCAAUCAAUAGUCUAUUAAAUUAACAUAUAGGUAUGUUUGAUAACGUAUUAUUAUUUA